AUGAGUGCCGAAGAAUACGACAAACUUUCGCCCGAGGAACGGCAGAAAAAGGACAAGGAAGAUCGCGCAAGGGAGGCCAGGGAGCAGGCUGAAUUACCGUACACUUGGACUCAAGAACUAAGUGAAGUUGAUAUUGUCGUUCCCAUUCCAAAGGGGACCCGUGGCAGAGAUGUCUCCGUUACUAUUCAGAAGAAAAAACUGAGUGUCGGUCUGAAAGGGAAAGAGAAGAUUCUCGACGGCGAACUUUGCAAGGAAAUCAAGGUGGAUGACAGCACUUGGACGCUUCAGGACAACGAGGCCAUUUAUAUCCAUCUUGAGAAAGUGAACAAGCAGCAAUGGUGGGGAAACGUCCUUACCCAUCAUCCCAAGAUCGAUACCACCAAGAUAGAACCUGAAACCAGCAAGCUCAGCGAUCUUGACGGAGAGACAAGGGGAAUGGUAGAGAAGAUGAUGUUUGACAACCAACAGAAGCAAAUGGGAAAACCAACGUCCGAUGAACUCAAGAAGAUGGAGGCUCUUCAGAAAUUCCAGGCCGCCCAUCCAGAACUAGAUUUCUCGAACGCGAAGAUUACAUGAUCGCUGGUUGUGUGCCCAGCUGAUCGUUCUAUCAGUUUCCCAAGCAAAAAAGUAUCAGAGCAAAUGACCAAGUAGCUAAACAAAUCUGUAACACCAGUCUAUGAAACUUUUUGGCGUUUACCCGUUCCACGCCGCGCA